AUGUUCUACUCACACGAAGUCCUCACCUCCCGCAAGUAUGGCAUAGCCACAGUCUGGGUAGUCGCCACUCUCGGCUCCAAAUCCGCUCUCAAGAAGGUCUCGCGCAAAGCCAUCCUAGACGUCGACGUGCACAAGGCUUGCGAGACGAUUAUUGGUCCUGGAGCUCCCCUGGCUUUGAGGCUGCAGAGCAAUUUGCUAUUUGGCGUUGCUAGCGUGUACUCGCAGCAAUGCGGGUAUGUGCUCAACGAUGCCGAUGCUGUCAUCCGGGACAUGAGGCUCCUGCUGAAAGCCAUUCGCGAUGCUGGACUCAACGCCGAAGCGGAGAAUCAAGGCCGACCAGACCAGCUCAUUCUCCAAGAUGACCCCAACUUCCUCGCUGACCUUGACAUCCUCCCCCUCGAUAUCGAUCGCAUGGAACUCGACCUGACGACUACGAACGAGGAGUCACAACGCUCCACCCUCUCUCCCCUGACUUCCCAGGCAAGAAGCUUCGCCAGCAGCUCGCAAGCGGAUCUGGGUGGAUUGGUAAUUCCGGGCUCCGCGAGCUCGAUGAUAAGCGGUGGCGGGGCUGGCAGCAUGGGUGGAUUUAGAGCGUUCAGUGCCCGUGGAGACUCUAGUGCUGGUACGAGGGGCAAUAUCGGUGGGCUUGAUGAUGAUCUCGGACUUGCUAUCGAGGAGGAUGGCACGCUGCGUAUGACGGAUGAGUUGAGACAUGAGACGCCGAGCGUGGUGUUGAGGGAUCGGAGUGCAGGAGUGGGAAGUGCGGGUGAUGUGGUACGAGGAGGGCCUACAGGGCAAGACAUUCUCGGAGAGCCUGACGACGAUGGCUUCCUGCCCCUCUACGACGACGAUGCAUACAUUGGACCGCCGGUUCGCAGCCCAACGGCGGCUAGAGGAGAAGAGGAGGAGGAACCCCAACCCCAGAUCGAGACGUCGGAAGAGACGGCAGACGCCCCUCUUCAGCGUCAACCUCGCACAAAGCACAAGAUCGUACCCCUCGACGACGCCAUGGAGAUUCAGAACAGGGUGGUCUCGGCCUGGGGAAAGAAGUACCUCACGAACAUGAAAGACAUGAUCCGCGUGAAGAAUGCACAUAAAGCGACCGCCCUGGCCAAGAAGAACGCCAAGUUCUGGAUGCACGACGUCCAUCUCUCCGGGCCGCUUAGCAUCUUCUCUGGCGCUCACUUGCUCGCCGCACUCACCGAUCUCAACGCUCGCGGAUUCGCUCGUAAGCGCUCCUUCUCCGACGCCAGUCUAGACGAGGAAGACGAGGAAGACGACCGCCGUGUCCGUCCCCGCAGCUCAUCACACGAAUUCGGCCGGGGAGGUGGAGAAGCACUGCAAGACACCAACGACGAUGGCUACCAAGCACCCAUCUUCGACUCCGACCACCUCGACGACCGCCCAAUCGAACAAGGUCGUACAGCCCCCACCCCCCUCGCAGACCGCCACGCCUCAAGCAUCAUGCCCUGGAACGCGAGCGCCGACUCCCGCCGUCCAACGGGUAUCUUCAGCGCCGGGGCAUUUCCCACAUCAGCCGCCUCUCUCGGCCAACUACCCUUCGGCCCCUCUCGAAGCCGUCUAACCUCCGCAUCACCCUUGCUCGGCCGCGGUCUCCCCACCACCACCGCCGGCACCGCAGGAGGAGACGUCGAGAUGGAAGACCUGCACCUCCCCCCUGACCUCGCGACCUCCGCCGGCUUCCCGACCGACGCGGAUUUCGAACUCUUCGGCGCGGCGGCGGGCGUGGAUACCCAGACGGCCGAGCAAUCGCAGUGGCAGCGCGCCGCGCUGGACGGGGAAAGCUGGCACUUUCUGGAGUUUGUGCAGCAUGGGAUUGAGGAGGUUGAGCGCAGUCGUGUUGAGGAGCUAGGGGAUGGUGAGGGUGAGGGUGGUUGUGUCGACUUUGCGGCCUUGCUGCCUGGGGCGGAGCAUAGUCGUGUUGUGGCUGCGCAGGCGCUUUUGCAUGUGCUUGCGCUGGGGACGAAGGGGGUGUUGAGGGUUGUGCAGGAGGUGGCGUUUGGGGGGAUUACGCUUUAUACUGUUGCUGGUGCUGGUGCUGGUGCCGUCGCUGCACAGUGA